UAUAAGAAUCGACAGCGCCAUCAGUUCCUCUCCUCUGUACAUUCAAAGAAACCCUAGUAUCCACAAAAAAAAGUUCUGUGUGAAAUGUGUUUUUAGUUACUCUUUCAAUCUUACCCAUUUGCAACGCAGGUCUGAACUUCUUCAUGGCUGACCGUAUUUGGUUUUUUUACGGUUUGGGGCUAAAUGCGAAGGAGAACAUGGACGUGCAGCGUGCGGUUUGAUAUUCAGAGGUAAAUUGCAAAAUUUGAGAGGGAUACUGUUUUUUGAGAAAUUACUGCUCACAUCUUUAAGUUUCGAGAACCCUCGUAUGUUUCUGUCAAAAGUUGUUCAGUUCUGGAAUUUGCAGCAUUUCGAUGACACAGUUUAACUUGGUAGGAAACAACAAUUCAUUUAAUACCAGUAUAAUAUAAAUAUGGAGGCUGUGGUUGGGCGAAUGCCAGGUUUUACCUGUAUCAGAAAUGUGUUGGGAACCAGCUCUAAGGAAAACUGUAGAACAGGCAAUCUUAGGGUCGCUAAAUCAUUAAAAAAUAAGCAAAAUCCCUCAUACAUGAAAUAUGGUGGGUAUAUUCCAGACCUUAUGAAAGCACUGGAAUGUAGGAAGAAGAUAGAUGAGGCACUUGGUCCUUGGGAAGCCACGCUAACGGCGAAACAGAUGACCAUUAUACUCAAACAUCAGUCCAAUUGGGAGAGAGCUGUUGAAAUCUUUAGGUGGUUUCAAGAUAAAGGUUGCUAUCAAAUCGAUGUCUUUCACUAUACUAUCCUGCUUAAGAUUCUUGGGAGAGCGAAGAAAUGGGAUUAUUUAAAGGAAUUCUGGGAGGAAAUGGUGAGAAAUAAGGUGUCGCCUACAAAUACCACUUAUGGUACAGUGAUUGAUUGUUACGGUAAAGCUGGGCUGAAAGAAGAGGCUCUCCGGUGGUUGGACCACAUGGUAGCGCAAGGCCUGCAUCCAGACGAGGUCAUUGUGAGCAUAGUAGUUCACAUAUUAAAAAUGGCUGGGGAGUAUGACAAAGCGACACAAUUCUUCCAAGAUUGGUAUGGUGGAAAGCAGUCAUCUUCGGGCUCUGAUUUGUCUCUUAAAGGAGUUACCAAUUAUGACAACAAGACCAUGGACUCUUCCAAUGGUGGUGCUGAAUUGGGGAGGCCAAGAAACCCUUACACAUACAAUACCCUAAUUGAUACAUAUGGAAAGGCGGGACGGCUCAAAGAAGCUUCAGAUGUAUUUUGUGAUAUGUUGAAAGCAGGAAUAAUUCCAGAUGUUGUUACAUACAAUACAAUGAUUCAUAUCUGUGGGACUAAUGGACGCUUGAAGGAGGCAGAUGCACUCAUGAUGAAGAUGGAAGAGCUUGGUUGCAUCCCGGAUGGGAGGACAUACGCCAUACUUAUCUCAUUCCAUGCUGAACAUGAAAAUGUUGAUAAGGUGUUGUGGUACUUCACAAAGAUGAAGGAGACAGGGCUUAUUCCUAACGAUAUACCUUACCGAACUAUUCUGUAUGCAUUAAGUAUUGUAAACAGGGUCAAUGAAGUUCAUAUUGUAAUUCAAGAGAUGGUUGAUUUGAGUGUUGAGAUUGAUGGAAACUCACAGUCAGCUGUUCUUAGGAUGUACAUACGUUUGGGGCUUUUGGAUCAAGCAUGGGCAUGGUUUGAAAGGUUCCAUGUUGAUGGACGGAUGAGUUCUGAAUGGUAUGCCGCCUGCAUGGAUGCGUAUGGAGAACAGGGAUGUUGGUUAGAGGCCGAAAAGGUGUUUAAAUACAGUCAAGAAAGAGGAAGAAAAAUAAGUGUGCUGGAGUUCAAUGUCAUGAUCAAGGCCUAUGGAUUUGCGAAAGUUCAAGACAAGGCUCUGAAGUUAUUUAACAGAAUGGAGAGUCUAGGGGUUUUGCCUGACGAAUGCACAUAUAAUUCUCUUACUCAAAUGUUUGUGACUUCAGAUUGUUUGAAUGAUGAAGCUUUAGAAGCUUUAGAGUCUCUCUGUCAAUUACAAACUUUGAAUCCUCACAUAUCUUUUUAUAAUGCUAUUAUAAAUGCAUUUGGUAGUGCAGGCAGGAUCGAUAAAGCUUCGAAAAUGUUCAUGAGCUUACGUGCCAGAGGCCUUAAGCCAGAUACAACCACUUACAGAUAUAUGCUUGAUCUUUAUACUCGAGCUGGGCUGGAGAGUGAGGCACAAGAAAUAUUACAGGAGUGUGCAAAUGAAGGGUCAUUUGACUUGGUAUUGUCCUUCAAUAAAAAAAUGAAGAGAUACGAUAAAGCCAUUGAAAUUGCGGAAGAAAUUCUGGAAACAGGGCUUCUUACUAGUAUUCUCUCUUUCAAUGAUGUCAUCGAGCUAUAUGUCGAAGAAGGGAGAUUAAGAGAAGCGGCUAAAGUUUUGCAGAAAAUGUUAAUUGUAGGAGUUUGUCCCGACAAGACUACAUGUAAAUUAUUGGGUGGACUGUUAGUGAAAGGAGGCAUUAGAAAAUCGAUAGCAAAGCAGCUUGAAAUUCUUCAUAUAUAUGGUAGUAUCCAGCCACUGAUAAGCAUAGUUUAUUCCAUUGUGGGAAUGAAAGAUGAAGCUUUAGAAGCUUUAGGACCUCUCCGUAAAUUGUGGAGCUUGAAUACUUACUUAUCAUUUUGUAAUGCUAUUAUAUAUGCAUUUGGUACUGCAGGCAGGAUCGUUGAAGCUUCAAAGAUGUUUAGGAGCUUAGGCUCCAGAGGCCUUAAGCCAGAUGCAAACACUUACAAAUACAUGCUUGAUUUUUAUACUCGAGCUGGGAGGGUCAGGAAGUCAGAAAAAAUAUUUCAGCACUUAAUGGAAAAGGGGUGGGUAAAUGGAUGGUCAUAUGCCUUGAUAUUGUCCUUCACUAGAAAAAAGAGGAGAUACGGGACAGCCCUUAAAGUUGCAAAUGAAAUGCUGGAAUCAGGGGUUGUUACUAGGACUAUUGCUUUUAAUAAUCUCAUUAAGCUCUAUGUUGAAAAAAGGAGAAGAAAAAAAGCAGCCGAGGUUUGCCAGAAAAUGUUAAACUUAGGAGUUUCUCCUGACGAGAUUACAUGUAAAUUAUUGUGUGAAAUCUUAAUCUCAAGAGGCAUUAGAAAAUGGAUAGCAAAGAAGCUUGGUUUUUUACAUCAAGAUGGUAAUAUCCGGCCACUGAUAAGCACAGUUUUUUCUAUGUUGGGAAUGAAAAGUGAAGCUUUAAAAAUUUUAGGAUCUCUCAGGGAAUUGUGGAGCUUGAAUCCUCCCUUAUCUGUUUGUAAUGCUUUCAUGUAUGCAUUGGGCACUGCAGGAAUGCUCGAUGAGGCUUCACAGAUGUUCACGAACUUAUGUGCUGGAGGCCAUGAGCCAGAUGUAACCAGUUACAGAUACAUGCUUGAUCUUUAUAGGCAAGCUGGGUUGGUCAGCAAGGUGCAAGAAACAUUUCAGUGCUUAAAGGAAAAGGGGUGGGCAAAUGAAUGGUCAUUUGCUAUGAUAUUGACCUUCUAUAGGAAAAAUAAGAGAUACAAUGAAGCCAUUCAAAUUGCAAAAGAAAUGCUGGAAUUAGGGUUUUGUACCACUAUUCUCCCUUUUAAUGAUAUCAUUGAUAUCUAUGUUACAGAAGGGAGGCUAGGAGAAGCUGCUGAAGUUUUGCAGAAAAUGUCAAAAUUAGGAAUUGUUCCUAAUAACAAAACACGCAAACUAUUGCGUCGUUUUCUAUUGAAAGGAGGGAUUGAUGAAUGGAAUAUGAAGCAUCGUGAGUCUUCCCAUAAAGAUUGUAUUAUUCAGCCCCUGAUUAAUGCAUUUUAUAAUUAUUCUGUUCCAGGAAUGAAUGAUGGAGCUCUACAAACCAUGGUUGCCAGGAGACCUGUCUCCGACCCCCUGAGACGUGUCUCAGAGACCGAGACACAUCUUGGAGCUCUAAAAACCAUGGUUAUCAGAAGACCUGUCUCCUACCCCCUAAGACACGUCUCGGAGACGGAGACAUGUCUUGGAGACUAGAGACAUCAUUGGAAACGUCUCAAUGCUCAGGGCUCUUCUGGCUGCCGUCUCCUGCUGUCUCCGAAGUCUUCUGAUCAGAAAUUGAUGUCUCCUGCUAGAAAACAUAGGCCAUAAGAUGGUAUAAAAAACUCCGAUUCUUAUCCUCUAUCAUCACAAUUGCAAAAUCAUUGUUACUUAUAUGUAAUAAUGAUAAUGAUAGCCACCAUAGUCUUCUGAUCAAUCUGCACAAUUGCCCCUCUAGAGAGACUCAUCAAUGAUGUACUGUUAUUCACUUUUCUUGUAGUGUCAUGAUUUACUAACUGUUGUUCUGUUAAAGAGGUCACCAGAAUGGUAAUAAGAGAUCUCUGUGUAACAUCAAUUCUAACUGUUGGAAAUGAUGGAAGCCACUGAGUAUCUCCAGCUUUCUAAAAUAUCUUACAGGGACACAUCCUUGCAAACCUUCUCCAUUCUCAAAAGAACAAAACUAGGCAUCUCAUAUCAUUUGGCAUGUAUAUCAGCAUCAAACUAUCAAUAUUUUUUGAAUUCCAAUAUGUAAUGAUAAUCUAAUAUGGAA